AUGGCUUUAUUUCAAUAUAAAAUAUUAUUUACUAUUUUUUUGGUAAUAUUACUUUCUGUAGAGCUUUAUUCUAAACCAGCAGAUCAAAAAAAAGAUGACAACAAAAAACCACCACAAGAAUCAGGAAGAAAUCCACCACCACCACCCCCACCACAAGGACCUUCACCACCAUCACAAGGAUCAGGAAAAAAUCCACCACCACCACCACAAGGACCAAAAGGACCUUCACCACCACCUCCUCCAUCAAGAAGAAGCAAAUCACCAUGUCACGAAAAUUCAUCAUCUGAAUCUUCAGAGUCAAAUGAACAUCAUAGAAAAAGACAUGGUAAAGGUGAUAAAAAACAUCAUGGAAAACAUCAUGGAAAACAUCAUAAAUGCACAACUACUGGAGUUCCAGAAACAACAGUUUCAGUUGAUGUGACAACUACUACUUCCUCUUCAACAGAAAAAACAAUUUCUGACUCAACUGUCACUCCAACUACAAGUCCAGUUACUAGCGUAGAAACAACUUCUGGACCAACUGUCACCUCAACAGAAGUUCAAGUCACCAGUGAAAUAACAACAUCAUUUUCUACAGAUUCAACUAUAAUUCCUACUACAACAGUCUAA